ACAUUUUGAUGCGAAAAUACGAGUCCGCAUUUCAUCCGAAGCGAGAGCGAUAAGCCGGCGAGAUGGCGAGAUGGCGAGAUAAUCUCUUUCUAUAAAUUCUCGCAUUCUUGCAGAGUGACAGACAGGAGGAGGAAGAAGAAGAAGAAACCCUAAGGAAGCAGAACCUGGUGUGUUCAGAGAAGUCAAAAACAACGAAACAGAACACAACGACAACGUUAACACAACACAACAACUUAAACACACCACGCAACAAAAUGUCUUCCUCCAACACUAACUCUCACUCUAAACCUCAACCUCAGGAAGGGAACAUGGCAUUGCAAACCCAUUCUCCGUCUCACGCGCACAAUAGCAACAAGCAUGGGCACGGAGUCUUUGGAGAUGUCUACACCAUCACCAAGGACAUGCACGCCGAUCAUCACAACCCUUCCUUUGAUUUUCAAUUUCGCCUUCCCCCGCUUCCGAAUUUUCUGGGCUCUAGAGAGGCCCGCGAGUUUUUCAGCGGUGCCCUUGCAGGGGCAAUGACAAAGGCGAUACUUGCUCCUCUUGAGACCAUUAGGACAAGAAUGGUUGUUGGUGUUGGAUCCAGAAAUAUUGCUGGCAGUUUCGUAGAGGUUAUACAGCAGCAGGGAUGGCAAGGAUUGUGGGCUGGAAACAUGAUCAAUAUGCUUCGUAUAGUUCCAACACAGGCUAUUGAGCUGGCCACAUUUGAGUGCGUCAAACGGGCUAUGACAUCCCUGCAAAACAAAUGGGAAGAGGAUGGCCACCCCAAGUUGCAGAUAGGUUUCAUCGAUUUCAACCUGCCCAUGUCUUGGAUUUCACCAGUUGCUGUCGCUGGUGCCGCAGCAGGAAUUGCUAGCACAAUCGUAUGCCAUCCCCUCGAAGUUUUGAAGGACCGGCUAACCGUUAGUCCUGAAAUCUACCCUACUUUAGGUAUUGCGAUCAGAAAUAUUUAUAAAGAUGGUGGUGUUGGCGCUUUUUAUGCUGGUAUCUCACCGACACUGGUCGGAAUGCUUCCAUACAGUACAUGCUAUUAUUUCUUGUAUGAUACCAUGAAGGAUUCUUACUGCCAGACCAAAAAUAAGAAAACUCUAAAUCGUCCAGAGAUGCUUUUGAUUGGAGCUCUAGCAGGUUUUACUGCCAGUACAAUUAGCUUCCCAUUGGAGGUGGCUAGGAAGCGGCUGAUGGUGGGCGCCUUGCAAGGUAAGUGCCCACCAAACAUGGCAGCAGCACUUACGGAAGUAAUUAGAGAAGAAGGUCUGAAAGGUUUGUACAGAGGAUGGGGUGCAAGCUGUUUAAAGGUGAUGCCAUCCUCUGGUAUCACCUGGAUGUUUUAUGAAGCAUGGAAAGACAUAUUGCUUGUCCAGAAUGGAAACCCAUUUUAGGUUUGUAGUUCUAAAAAUUCUCUGUAAGAACGGUAUAACCAUGGUGGGUAAAGAAAACAAAUUAUUGGGAAAGUUAUUAAGCUAGCUCGUUGGAAUGGUCGCAUGUACUAACGAAUGAGUCGCCUAGCUUGUAGGUUUCCAGAUUUUGAUAUUGAUUUGGCCAAGAUUCUUAUCGAGGAAUAAGGUUAAAGAAUGAGUUCGGGAGAAGUUUCCUAUGUUCAUCGUUUCUUUGCAUCCCAAUCACAAUCACAACGUUUCUCUCCA